UUGAUAGAAAUAUAUAAAUAUCAACUUAUAUCUAAGGUAAAUACACUAUUUAAUACACUAUUUAAUAAAACAUAACAAAGUUAUAAAAAGACCAAUUUGUGUCUUUGGUCUGAGUUCGUGGGCGUACUUACAUACAUAGUACUGAUGGGAAGAAGUGAGAUCGCCAAAGUACCGAUGCUGCUAUUAAGGAGUUGGAAGCAUGUUCAAGGACGUGCAAGGAUAAGCAGCAAAGCUGCAAAACAAAGGCCGAUGGUCAUCUCAAAUAUUUCCGAUCACAGAGUAGAGAUCAAUUGUGGUGGCGCAGAGGAAUGGGUCCCACACCCACGUACCGGAAUAUUCUUUCCUCCGGGACGAGAAGAGUCAGUGAUGGAUGGUGUCCCUGACGGUGCUGCUUCUUUUGACAUGACGUUUUGGCUUAGGAACGUCGACGGUGUGGACAAACCUGAUCCUGACCAUCAUUUUCCUAACUGAAACAAAAAGUGUAACUAUGACUGAGUGAUGUAAAAAUCAUAAUGAGACUAUACUAUGUAACUAUAGCAAAAAUAAUCCCGAGGAAUGGUGUGUACGCACGUUAAUUUGAUUAUGACAAGUUUUGUAUAACGUACGAUGGUUCAAUAGCAAUA